AUGACAACGGAGAAAAUUUCCAACAUAUUUCAGGUGCAAAGAGAUAGUGUCUAUCUCACUGAUGACAAUAAUGUUGCCAUAUUUCCACGAUCCGAUGGUGACUUCAACUGCUAUGACAUGGUCAGCCGUGCUCACUACGAAGUUCACGGUGACACUACCAUAGAAAACACCACGGCCCAGCCACACUCGGACCAUCCAGUGCGUUUUGCUUUUCACCGUCCUCCCAGCACCCCUGCUAGCGCAUCCUCUAUGACUCCACGAGCUACAUCUACUAAAACUUAUGUGAGAGACCGAAAUAGCAUCUAUAAGGGCUGGAUUUUCCUGUUUGAUCUGCAAAGGUCCUCUGAACAAACCAGUCUUCUCAACAUGCUGCAGAAGCUUCAUUGGUUGCAGUAG